AUGGGCAGCACCAUGGAAUCUUCAGGGGGUGCCUACCUGCACCUGGGUGCUGUGACAUCCCCUGUCGGUACAGCCCGUAUGCUGCAACUGGCCUUUGGCUGUGCCACCUUCAGCUUGGUUGCCCACCGAGGCGGCUUUGUGGGCAUCCAGGGCACCUUCUGCAUGGCUGCCUGGGGCUUCUGCUUCACUCUCUCUGUCUUGGUGGUGGCCUGUGAGUUCACACGUCUCCAUGCCUGCCUGCGCCUCUCCUGGGGCAACUUCACAGCCGCCUUCGCCAUGCUGGCCACACUGCUUUGUGCCACAGCCGCGGUCAUCUACCCUCUGUACUUCACCAGACUGGAGUGCCUGCCUGAGCCAGCCGGCUGCACGGCCAGAAACUUCCGCCUGGCGGCCAGCGUCUUCGCCGGGCUCCUCUUCCUAGCCUACGCCGCAGAAGUGGCCCUGACACGGGCCCGGCCUGGCCAGGUGGCCAGCUACAUGGCUACAGUGUCAGGGCUCCUCAAAAUUGUCCAGGCUUUUGUGGCCUGCAUCAUCUUUGGGGCGCUAGUCCAUGACAGCGGCUAUGGGCGCUACAUGGCCACCCAGUGGUGUGUGGCUGUCUACAGCUUGUGCUUCAUGGCCACAGUGGCUGUUGUAGCCCUGAGUGUGAUGGGCCACACAGGGCGCCUGGGCUGCCCAUUUGACCGCCUGGUUGUCAUAUACACCUUCCUGGCUGUGCUACUGUACCUCAGCGCUGCUGUCAUCUGGCCUGUCUUCUGCUUCGACCCCAAGUAUGGGGAGCCAGGACGACCCCCUGACUGCUCCGGGGGCAGCUGCCCCUGGGACAGUCAGUUGGUGGUGGCCAUUUUCACCUACGUCAAUCUGCUCCUCUACAUCGUUGACCUCGCCUACUCCCAGAGGAUCCGCUUCGUGCCUGCCCUGUAG